GGGGCGCAGUGUGGCCGUUUGAGUCGAAGGGAAGUCGGUCAGAGCGAAGCGAGGCUCUGCGGAGACAUGUAAGAUGGCAGAGCUACAAAUGCUGCUAGAGGAGGAGAUCCCGGCCGGCAAGAGGGCGCUUGUCGAGAGCUACCAGAACCUGACCAAGGUCGCCGACUACUGCGAGAACAACUAUGUCCAGGCUCAGGACAAGAGGAAAGCUCUGGAGGAGACCAAGGCUUACACCACGCAGUCUCUGGCCAGCGUGGCCUACCAGAUCAACGCCUUAGCCAACAAUGUCCUGCAGCUGCUGGACAUACAGGCGUCGCAGCUGCGGCGCAUGGAGUCGUCCAUCAACCACAUCUCCCAGACAGUGGACAUCCACAAAGAGAAGGUGGCCCGUCGUGAGAUCGGCAUCCUGACCACCAACAAAAACACGUCAAGGACCCACAAGAUUAUUGCCCCUGCCAACAUGGAGCGUCCUGUCAGGUACAUCAGGAAGCCCAUCGACUACACUGUGCUGGACGACGUUGGCCAUGGCGUGAAGUGGCUAAAAGCCAAGCAACAUGGAAACAAUCAGGCGAUCAGAGCCGGGACGCUAUCAAGGACCAACCCGCCCACACAGAAGCCGCCCAGCCCCCCCAUGUCAGGGCGUGGCACUCUGGGGCGUAACCAAUCGUAUAAGACCCUGGAGCCGGUGAAGCCCCCCACAGUGCCCAACGACUACAUGACCAGUCCGGCCCGACUGGGCAGUCAGCACGGUCAACACAGCCCUGGACGCACGGCGUCGCUCAACCAGAGGCAGCGCACUCACAGUGGAAGCAGCGGGGGCAGCAGCAGCCGGGAGAACAGCGGCAGCAGUGGCAUCGGCAUUCCCAUCGCAGUGCCUACACCGUCCAUCCCCAACUCUGGACAUGUCUCACCCAUGUUCACCCCCCCUGGGGUGCCGCCCCCACCUCCUCCUCCUCCACCACCACCGUCUCUCAUGCCGCCUCCUGCACCUCCGUUGGUCGGGUUCGGGCCCCCCAUGGCUCCCCCGCCCCCACCCUUAGCUGUGGCUCCUGGGCCUGGGCUGGGACCCGCUCCAAUGUCCCAGUUUGGAACCAUCUCGCGGCAGAUCUCGCGGCACAACCCCUCCAACUCCUCUGUCUCUAUGGUUUCGGCCACGGGCACCUACCGCCGAGCGCCGUCGGUCACUUCGCAGUUUUCCUUGCAGCAGCAGCAGCAACAACUGCAACAACAACAGCAGCUUCAGCAGCAGCAGCAUCAGCCUCACAUUAACGGAGGCACACCCGGCUACGGCCAGAACUCAAUGUCUAUCGCCCCCCCACCUCCCCCCAUGCCUCAGCUGACUCCACAGAUCCCUCUGACUGGCUUUGUGGCCAGAAUGCAGGAGAGCAUCGCAGAGACCCCGACUCCUCCUCCCCCGCCUCCUCCGGACGACAUGCCCAUGUUCGACGACUCCCCUCCUCCCCCGCCACCGCCCCCUGUCGACUAUGAGGAGGAAGACGCCGCCGUGGUGCACUACAACGACCCGUACGCUGACGGAGACCCUCAGUGGGCCCCCAAGGUCUACAUGGAGAAAGUGGUGGCCAUCUACGACUACACGCAGGACAAGGAGGACGAGCUGACCUUCAUGGAGGGCGCCAUCAUCUACGUCAUCAAGAAGAACGACGACGGCUGGUUCGAGGGCGUCAGCAACGGCGUCACCGGUCUGUUCCCCGGCAACUACGUGGAGAGUAUCAUGCACUACGCCGACUGAGCGGACCUCAGGACCGAGCGGCACCAGAACCGCCUCCGUCGAAAUGGCAAAAUGAUUUAGUCUUUACUUCGGUGUUGAUGGGCGGGACUUCAGGAAGGCGGGACAGCUCGACGUGUCAGUCAUGUGACCUUCAUUGUAAAUUCAGAGAAUGUCCAUGAUGAUAGUGACCACUAGAGGAAGCAGCGGAGUGAGAUCUGCUGUUUCCAUCACACAAACUCACAGACUAUUGAACACACAGUCGACCAUAACAUUAUGACCACCUGGUUUCUGCUGUCAACUUUGCCCAGGUCGUGGCACAUGACAGCUCAGACGUUUGAGUGAAACCUCAUGAUAUUUUGGUGCCCUUUUUGCUGCCAAAAACUGGUUCCUAUUGGGGGUCAGUUCAGACCGUGAGUGGAACAGAAACGUGAUCCGGUGACGGGGUCUCGGGCAUACAUGACUCAUAGGUUCUUCCGAGUCUUCAGCUUCCUAAAAUGGACCUGUUUUGGACCUCUUCAAAUCUAAUUUAAGCUGUUGGAGCUGCCUCCACAAGCACAGGAAUGACCUUUGACCUCUGACGACCCACACCAGGAGCAGCCACAUGUUCUGGACUGGUGAUCAUAAUGUUAUGGCUGAAUAACAAGCAUGUUUUCUGUGGCGUGGGAGGAAACUAGAGGAUACGGAGAAACCACGCCGACAUCGCUAGAAACAAAUCUAAACUUUAUAAGAUUUAACUAUAAUUAUUUUUGUUUCAUCUUUUACUUGUCACCAGGAUCAUUAGGUUUUUAAACGUUCAGAAUCCUCCAGCUUCAGACUUGUUUUUGCUCAUCCUGCCACCCGACCCACUCAGGGCAGCGACGGGCCGAGGUUCUGACGGGGCGGUCCUGUCAUGUGACCAAAACACAAGCGAUACCUCCUCUCUGCUCCGGCCCACACAACAAGUCUGCGUGUCGUUGAUCUUGAAUCACACCGAUGGAUCCCAUGUGGAUCCAUGACACUUCGGAAAUUACAAAAAAAAAAAAAAACAUUCUCACUCAAUUUUCUUUCUUUUUUCUCUCGAAUUAUUAAAAACCAUUUCAUUUGUAUAUAAAAUAUGUUGAUUGAGAAAUUAAUGUACAGACUUUUAUAAUAAACGAUUCUAUGUACAAACUGUCUCUUGUCCCAGCUAGCCAGGGUCUUUGUUUAUUUCACUUGUCCUCUUCAUCUGCCAACAUUCUUGGUCAACCACCGUCUCUCUUCUGCCCCUUCAUCUCUGACUCCUGAGUCUCUAAACAUGCAUCAUGGCAGUGACCUCCACUGACCUACAAACAUAUAUCAAUAAUAUCAUUUAAGUCUCUGCAUUCAUUAUUAUUCCAUAUUUUUAAACAAUGUGGAAAUGUAUGUGGAAAAACGUUUUUUUAUUUAAAAAAAUCCAACAUUUUUAACUUUUUGUAAUUAAAUUAUACCUUGAAAUUAAUUUGAAUUAGAACGGAACAAAACAAGUUGAGAAUCUGAGACAAACCCGGCAACGAUUUAAAUCAAUACAUUAUUCUCUGGUAGGAGAUCAAAAGGGUCCCGCAAAGCAAACAGCUGCAUUUCCCUGUGAGCUGCCCCUUAGAUCCACAAGGACGUUCACAAGGAACCAUGUGAUCAGAUUAUUUCAGCACAGCAUCCUGUUGACAGAUAGAUGCACGCUUCCUCAUAAACACAGUUCGCCGAGUUUUUUACCGAGUCGUCAGUCACGUGAUUGUCUUAAAGCCGUACG